AUGGAAGGAAACAUGAAUAAUUAUAAAGGUGUAAUGCUUUGUAGUCGUCCAAACGAAUAAUUAAAGGCUCCUACUGAAAAGUUAAAAUAUUUAAAAAAAAUAAAAUUUAAAAAAAAUAAAAGACCAUUUUGUUCAAGAGUCGAAGGAGCUUCUUGCUUAGUACAAUUUAAUAUAAUUAUGGUUUAUAUAAUAUUUUAAAUAAAAAUAGAAUUAAAUCCUGCUUUAUAAAGACAUAAAGAUUGGUUGAAUAUGUUUAAGUUAAAAAUGAUAAUAAAAAAGGAAGAUAUAGAGGAAAAUAAAUAAAAAUAAAAUGAAAAAUUUGAAAAAGUGAAAGAAUUAGCAUAAAAAGAUAGAAUAAGAACUAAAAAAAUGAAAAGUGACUUCGAUAAAUUGAAUUAAAAUAUAGAUAAUAUAUUAAGAAAAGAUAACGACGAAGAAAAAAAUGCUUAAUAAUAAAAAGAAUAAAAACCUUUUAAAUUAACAGAAGAUAAUAUAAACGAAUUUAAAUAAUAAAAUAUUGAAAAUGAUAAAAAAAUAAUAGAAAAUGAUAAAUAAUAAGUUAAAGAAGAUAAAUAAUCAUUAAAAAAACCCAAAUGGGCUUUAACUUAAGAAGAAUAAGAUAAUAAUUAAGAUAAAGAAUGUGAUGAAUUACUUGAUUUUGUAAAUGGUUUAGAUUAUGAUUAAUUUAUUAAUGAUUUAGAAGUAUAAUCUAUGAUAAAAGCAUUAAAAAGUCGCAUAUCGAAGUUAUAAGAAAAGAAAAACUGGAAAGAAAAUGCAAUUGAAAAUUAUAAAAAUAAAAAUAUAUUAUAAAAUAAAGUAAAUAAUUAAUAAGAAGAUUUAAAAUCUAACUUUUCUUAAAAUUCUGAAUGUCAUUCUAUUUAAUCUGAAAAAACAUAAUAGGCAAUAAAUACAUUAAAAUAAUAAUUAAUUUAAGAAAAAAAAGAUUGGGAUAAAUCUGUUUAAAUUUUUUAAUUUUCUUAUUUAUUUAUUAUUUAUAAAAAAUAAAAUAAAAGUACUAUGGAAGAAAAAAUAGCUAAACAUGUAGCUGAUGAAGUUUUAAGAAAUUAUAAACAUUUAGGUAAUGUACAUUCUAAUUAAUCAAUUAGAAAGCUAUUGGAAAGAGAAGCAUCAAACUAUAUUAAUAAAGGAUUUAUUAGUCCUCCUUUAAUUACAAUUAAUAAAGAAACUACUUUAAGAAAAAAUGAAAUCGAUCCUAAUAAUUUACCUUAUUUACAUAGAAAUCCUGCUGUUUGA